CCGGCCAGCAGUCUGUCCCCCCCCCCCCGACCCGGACCGACAUGCUGAGGCUGCUGCUCCUGCUGCUGUCCACAUGGAUGGGCUCAGCGAUGGACAGGGUUCCUUUGAGGCGGGUUCCCUCCAUCCGUAGUCAGCUGAGAGCCCAGGGCCUGCUGGAGGACUUCAUGAAGGACCACAGCCCUGACAUGUUCAACCGCCGCUACGCUCAGUGCUACCCGCCUGGAACGCCGUCGCUCCGGCUCGGGCGCUCCAGUGAAAAAAUCUACAACUUCAUGGAUGCUCAGUAUUUCGGUGAAAUCAGCGUGGGGAAUCCGCCGCAGAACUUCUCUGUGAUUUUUGACACCGGAUCCGCCGACCUCUGGGUCCCGUCGUCCUACUGCGUCAGCCACGCCUGCGCGUUGCACCGGCGUUUCAAGGCCUUCGAGUCCCACUCCUUCCACCACGAUGGCAGAACAUUCGGCAUCCACUACGGAUCGGGACACCUGCUGGGAGUGAUGGGCAGAGACACGGUGAAGAUCGGGCAACUGGUCACCUUGAACCAAGAGUUCGGGGAGUCCGUGUACGAACCGGGGUCCACGUUUGUGACGGCGAAGUUCGACGGCGUCCUGGGACUGGCCUACCAGUCCUUGGCGGAGAUCCUGGGCAACCCCGUCUUCGACAACAUGAUUGCACACAAGAUAGUGGACGAGCCGGUGUUCUCCUUCUACCUCAGCAGGAGAACAAAGACCAGCACCCCAGAGGGAGAACUGCUGCUGGGGGGAAUAGAUGAAGCGUUGUACACUGGACCAAUCAACUGGCUGCCUGUGAGCGCCAAAGGAUACUGGCAGAUUAAGAUGGAAAGCGUGGCGGUGCAGGGCGUGAGCUCCUUCUGUCCUCGUGGGUGCCAGGCCAUCGUUGAUACGGGAACCUCGCUAAUUGGUGGACCGACCAAUGAGAUCCUGAUUCUGCAGCAGCUGAUUGGAGCCACGCCCACAAAUAUUGGAGAGUUUCUCAUCGACUGCGGCAGAUUGUCCAGUUUGCCUCACGUCACGUUUAUCCUGGGCGGGAAGGAGUACACGCUGACAUCGGAGCAUUACGUUAGAAAGGAGAUGUUUGGCAACAGGGAUCUGUGUUUCAGCGGUUUCCAGGCCAUUGACAUCGUUUCCCCUGAAGGUCCACUGUGGAUUCUGGGAGAUGUAUUUCUGACAGAGUACUACAGCAUCUUCGACAGAGGACACGACCGAGUCGGCCUUGCCCGGGCCAAACACCCCAUUGAAUGAUGAGUACAUCCCUAAAGGCGCUACAUCCUGAGGUCCUUCUGAUAACAACGGACGUUUACUCUGCAGCUAUGGUUGGAUGUGGCCAAAAUUAGGACAUUUCUUUGUACCUUGUCAAGAAACGGGUCAAAGUUUUAUUUCAAAAAGACAAUUAGAUGUCCACUACUUCUGUUAAAGUUUCCCAAAUGGAUAUUUACCCUAAAAAUGAAGAAGUUUGCUCCUCUACACCCUGAGUUACCUUAAGAAGGGCCGCAGUUUCUGCUUUGACCAUUGAAACCCAAAAUCCUCUAUUUCAACAUGAAUUGUUAACAGAAAAUAAGAUUUUGCUUCUUUCACGUCUUCUAAUGUGUAUUUAGAGUUAUUAAAAACCACAAG